AUGCCAGCGUUCGUGGUGCUCGCGGCGGCCGCCGCGGCGUGGUGCUUCCUCCAGGUCGAGAGCCGGCACCUGGACGCGCUCGCAGGAGGCGCGGGCCCCAACAAUGGCAAUUUCCUGGACAAUGACCAGUGGCUGAGCACAGUCUCCCAGUAUGACCGGGACAAGUACUGGAACCGCUUUCGAGACGAUGAUUAUUUCAGAAACUGGAAUCCCAACAAGCCAUUUGACCAAGCUCUGGACCCAUCCAAAGACCCCUGCCUAAAGGUGAAAUGCAGCCCUCACAAGGUGUGUGUGACCCAGGACUACCAGACGGCCCUGUGUGUCAGCCGCAAGCACCUGCUCCCCAGGCAAAAGAAGGGGAAUGUAGCCCACAGACACUGGGUUGGACCUUCGAAUUUGGUCAAGUGCAAGCCCUGUCCCACGGCACAGUCAGCCAUGGUCUGCGGCUCCGACGGCCACACCUAUACGUCCAAGUGCAAGUUGGAGUUCCAUGCUUGUUCUACUGGCAAAAGUCUCACCACCCUCUGCGACGGGCCCUGUCCGUGUCUCCCGGAGCCCAAGCCGCCAAAACACAAGGCAGAGAAUGCCUGCACGGACAAGGAGUUGAGGAACCUCGCUUCCCGGCUCAAAGACUGGUUUGGAGCCCUCCAUGAGGAUGCAAACAGGGUCGUCAAGCCCACCAGCUCCGACACAGCCCAAGGCAGGUUUGACACCAGCAUCCUUCCCAUCUGCAAGGACUCCCUGGGCUGGAUGUUCAACAAGUUGGACAUGAACUAUGACCUCCUGCUUGACCACUCAGAGAUCAACACCAUCUACCUGGAUAAGUACGAGCCCUGUAUCAAGCCUCUCUUCAAUUCUUGUGACUCCUUCAAGGAUGGCAAGCUCUCUAACAAUGAGUGGUGCUACUGCUUCCAGAAGCCUGGAGGUCUCCCUUGCCAGAAUGAAAUGAACAGGAUUCAGAAGUUGAGCAAGGGGAGAAGCCUGUUGGGAGCGUUCAUACCUCGGUGUAAUGAGGAGGGCUAUUACAAAGCCACACAGUGCCACGGCAGCACAGGGCAGUGCUGGUGUGUGGAUAAAUACGGGAACGAGCUAGCUGGCUCCAGGAAACAGGGUGCUGUGAGCUGUGAAGAGGAGCAGGAAACUUCAGGGGAUUUUGGCAGUGGCGGCUCUGUGGUCCUGCUGGAUGACCUAGAGGAUGAAUGGGAGCUGGGACCAAAGGACAAAGGGGGGAAGGUGCGGGUGCACGCCCGGGCAGUGACGGAGGAUGAUGAGGACGAGGACGACGAGAAAGAGGACGAGGUCGGGUACAUAUGGUAG